AUGCACCCACAAGGCAUGCCUCAUGGGCAGCCCAUGGGCGGCCCAGGACCAAACCCAGGCCAGCCAAUGCCCCCAGGCAUGCAAAUGUCAGGACCUAAUGGCCCCAUGAGCCAGGCAGGGCCAAUGAUGGGCAUGCAGCCGGGCAUGGGGCCGAAUGCACAUGCGCUCUCCCAUCUGCAGCCUCAGCAAACGCACAUGUUCCACCAGCAGCCGCAGCAAAUGAUGAAUCCUGCAAUGAUGCAGCAGAGAACCCAACAGCAAGCCUAUAUGCGCCACCAACAGCAACAAGCAAUGCUUGCCCAGCAGCAAGCCGGCAUGGGCAUGGGGUUCCAGAAUCCCAUGGCAAACAUGAACCCACAGCAAAUGGCAGCGUUAAGAGCCGGUCAGAUGGGGCAAUCCUUUGUGAACCUUCCCCCACACCUUCAGAUGCAGCAACAGCAACAGCAAGGUAGUCCGCAACAAGCAGCGGCCAUGGCCCAGGCCCAGGCAGCACAUCAUCAGCAACAACAGCAGCAGCAAAUGCAGCAACAGGCUAUUGCAAUGCAGCAUGCGCAUUCUCAGUCGAGUAAUCCCAGCCAAGCCGGGAAUCAAGGCCCUCCAACGACAUCGCAGCCCCAGCAAGGCCCGCUUCGACCUCCUUCAGCAAUUGGAAGCCAUCAGGGUCAGGCAUCACCAGCUCCUCAACCGACACCACAGCAGGUACCUCAACAAUUGCCGCCACAGCAGCAACAGCAGCAGCAGCAACAGCAGCAACAACAGCAACAACAGCAACAGCAACAACAGCAACAACAACAGCAGCAGCAGCAGCAGCAGCAGCAACAGCAACAACCUCAACAACAGCCUCAACAACAACAACCGCAACAGUCUGGGCCAAUGCCUCAGCAACAGACACCAGCCCCCGCUCAACCGCCGAAUUUACCUCAACAAGCCAAUCAACAGGCCCAAAACCAAGCUCAGAUGCAGCGGAACCCCGCCAUGGCCCAACAGGCACAAGCUCAGGCACAAGCUCAGGCCCAGGCUCAAGCACAGGCAAAUGCUCAGGCACAAGCACAAGCUCGAAGCAUGGCAAUGAUGAAGCAAGCUCAGUCGCAAACCGGGGGCCAAGGGACGUUGAAGCUCAUGAACUUUGUGGACCAGAUAGGGAAGUACACGACCAACCAGGGCGAUCCCAACCUGGUUCCAAGGUGGCAGACUUUCGUAGACAAGUUCUUCACCGAGACUGGGUCCUUCAUCCAUGUCGUCUCCUCCAACCCCGCGGAGAGGACAAAGCAGUUUGAGAUUGUGUACGCUGCCCUGCCACGGUACUUCUACACGCUCUUCAACACAGAUGUCAUAAAUCUGCAAAUCACUUUAGACGGGGCAACGGAGAAGGCGUCACCUCCUGAGCUAAAAGUGACGUGCGACCGGGCCAAGUUCAUCUAUACAUACAAGAACCAAUGCCAGGUUGUCUAUCACGGCAAACUGACAGCGUUCUGGUCCGGCUCAGAUAAGAUGGAGUGGUUGCAGUUCGAGGGCCAAGGCCACCAGCAGUACCUACCACGAUCCGCCUUGGAGCACAUGUUCCAUCAACCGUCACCUAACCAGAUGAACCCCAACCAAUCACCACGUAUGAAUAAGUCAGCGAAGUCGAAACAACGAGCUGCAGCACAAGAACCUCUAGAGCCAUAUCUGCCUCUCUCGAAAUUACUCAGCGCUGGUGUGACGGACUAUGGCCUACCACAUGCGCUGCAAAGCUACCUUGAGAUAUACGAGACAAUGAACAACAUGACCAGCCUAAUCGCACAUUACCUCGAGCAUAGCAACAUGAAGCCAACCGAUGCCCUCGAGUCAUGGAACACGAUGAUGUCCAACACCACUGCUGUAUUAAAUGCAGCGAAUCAACCCCCAGGCCCACCCAAUCAAGGCAUGCAACAGGCAAACAUGCCCCCUGGAGCACGACCGCAAGGGCCCGGUCAAGCUGGCCCAAUGUUCAUGUCUCCGGCCAUGCAAACCCAACUCCUCCCCAAUGGCGCCAUGAGCGGCUCACCGGGCAUGAUGCAUACACCAUCUCCCGCAUCACACGCUAUGGCUAAGCAACAAAGCACGAGCUCGCAUACCGCAAGCGUCAAUACGAGUCCGAGUAUGAACAACAAGAGGCGGAGAAGCACGGUGAAAUUAGACGAUGACGGCGGAGGAGAUGUGAAUGGCGCGCCGAAAGUCAAGGCGAGUCCGAGGGUAGGAGGCGGCAAGAGGAUGAAGGCGGCUAAUAAUUAG